AUGCGAUACGAGCAUCUGGGAUUCUCCCUCUUCAUCAUCGUCUCCAUCUUCAUCAUUUCAGGGGCGAGUGGGCAGCCGCGACACACGCCUGCACCUGUUUCUGCCGCCGUAAUGAACGAGCAGCGGCUACGUGCCGAAGCCAUCUCCGAAAAAUACAACUUGGGCUGGUACGGCAAUUGGUGCGGUGGUGGGCAUGGCGGCUAUCAGGACUGCUGCAACGGGACCGCGUGCCCCGCGUGCGUGACGGACGUUCCCGACGAGUGCAAUGCUGGUGAGAGCGAGAACUGGGCGAAGUGCCGUCCCACCAAGGAAUGCGCCAAGCGCUUCCGCCUUCACUUCCCUCGUGCUAUCCCGAGGGGAACUACUGCUGGUGCGAUUGUAACCUGGUGGCAGACGAGCCUGCUCAUCCAGGCCUUCGACUACACGCUCGCGUGCUGGGCCUACCCGACAGGCAACUGGACCGGUGCGCCCUACUGCAAUGGCGUCAUCAACCGCAAGCAGCCCGUCAGCCAGUAUUGCACUGCUGCCACCAACUAA